UGUGAGAAGGAGGAAGACGAGGGAGAGAGAAAACAGAAAUGAUAGCUGUGUUAGUUGUUGAGUCAGCCGCCACUACGGAGAGUCCAAAACUUAAGUGUUUGGCGCAAUUUGGGGACUAGAUAAUAACAAAGGCUGUGGCAAAUGGAUUUUGCUUAAAGUCACGCACUCUUUGAGAAAUGGAGGCUUGUGGGGGCUCCAAGCGGUGUCCGGAGGUUGGCGGGCUCACCCUGCCCGGCCCUGGGCUCCUCUCCCCGGAGCUAGACCUCAAGUCACCCGCCUUCGCGCUUCCAUGUCAAAGUGCUCUCUCACACAUGGAUAUCCAGGGCUACAAGCGGGUGCGGUGGCGCAUAUGGCUGUGCUACGUGGGGGCCGUGCUCACUCUGGGCCUGCUGCUGGUGCUCUUCAAGUGGCGCCCGCGCUGGGGGGUCCUGGCCCGCUGUCAGCCCUGCCCCCUGCAUAUGGCUGACACGGUGCUCCUCAGGGAUGACUUUGGGGAGCAGGUCGUUCUUCAGAUUCUCACUGAGGAGAUUGAGGAGGACGGUCUGGGCUCUGCGGCGGGCGAUGGAACUGAAUAUGAGUGGAGAGACACGGUCCAGCUACACAAGGAGGAGAAAUCGCUGCUGCGGUAUUAUGUAUACCAAGGUAUCAGAUACGUCUGGAUGGCCAGGAAGGGAGCGUUCUGCAAAGUCAGCGUCCUGAAUGAUGACUGGACGUGUGCGGAGCUGCACAGGAUGCAGCAGGGCCUGACUGGCCUGGAGCAAAGCAACAGGAGAAAGGUGUACGGCCAGAACCUCAUCGACGUUCCUGUGAAAUCCUAUCUGCAGCUUCUCAUGGAGGAGGUGCUCAACCCAUUCUACAUGUUCCAGAUUUGCAGCAUCAUCCUAUGGAUGUCGGAUAAAUAUUACUACUAUGCAGCCUGCAUUCUCGUCAUCUCCCUCAUAUCUAUUGCUGUGUCUCUGUAUGAGAUCCGCAAGCAAAGCACUACAUUGCGCAAAAUGGCCCAGCUGAUUGUGCCCGUGACCGUCCGUAGAAACACAGGAGAGGAGGAGAGUGUGAGCUCUCUGGACCUGGUGCCAGGGGACUGUCUCCUGAUCCCAUCGGAGGGUCUGCUGCUGCCCUGCGACGCCGCCCUGCUGGCCGGGGAGUGCAUGGUCAAUGAGAGCAUGCUGACGGGUGAGAGCAUACCUGUGAUGAAGACCCCGUUGCCAGGUGGAGGGGAGAGGUACAGCGCAGAGUCCCAGAGGAGACACACUCUGUUCUGUGGUACUCAGGCCAUCCAGGCCAAAGGGAACUUCCCAGGUGGAAGAGGGGCGCUCGCCGUGGUUGUUCGCACAGGGUUUUUCACAGCCAAAGGAGACCUAGUCAGCUCCAUUCUCUACCCUCAGCCCAUCAACUUCCGCUUCUACAAGGAUGCCAUUAAGUUCCUUCUUUUCCUAGGAGUGCUAGCUCUGGCGGGAACUAUUUAUAGCCUAGUGAUGCUGAGCUUGAGCAACACCACUGUGAUGGAGCUGGUGAUCCGCUCGCUGGACAUCGUGACCAUCAUUGUGCCCCCGGCCCUGCCCGCUGCUAUCACCACGGGCACCAUCUAUGCCCAGAGGCGGUUGAAGAAGCAGGGCAUCUUCUGCAUCAGCCCGCCACGCAUCAACGUCUGCGGGAAGGUCUCCCUCUUCUGCUUCGACAAGACAGGCACUUUGACAGAGGAGGGUCUGGACGUGUGGGGGGUGAUGGAGGCCAGUGGCUCCCAUUUUGAGGAGCUGGUCCCCGACCCCCGUCUGCUGAACCCGGGGUUCAUGCUGUCCGGCCUGGCCUGCUGUCACUCCGUGGCCCUGCUGGGCGGGCAGCCGCUGGGGGACCCUCUGGAGCUCAAGAUGAUCGACUCCACUGGCUGGGAGCUAGAGGAACCAGAGGGAGAGGACGAGAGAGGGCACGCAGAGUUUGGGGGCCAUAGGGUCCUGGCAGUCAUGAGGCCUCCUCCACAAGAACUGCUUCCCCAGGACGUGUCCAUCAGUCAGGCAGUGGCUAUCAUCCAGCGCUUCCCCUUCUCCUCGGCCCUGCAGAGGAUGAGUGUGGUCACCGUGGCCCCUGGAGGGCAGGGGGCCGCCGCUUUCCUCAAAGGGGCUCCCGAAAUGGUGGCCAGUCACUGUCUCAAAGAAACUGUGCCUGCUCAGUUCUCUACCACCCUGCGCAGCUUUGCCAGUGAGGGUUUCAGGGUGCUUGCACUAGCCUACAAGCCCCUCGAUGAGAAGACAGAUGUGCACUCUAUUUCACGGGAGGAGGUGGAGAGCGAUAUGCGUUUCCUGGGUCUGCUGGUGAUGAAGAACCUGGUGAAGCCUGAGAGCCCAGAAGCCAUCAGCACUCUCCGGCAGGCCAGACUACGCACCGUCAUGGUAACAGGAGACAACAUCCUGACUGCAGUGAACGUUGCCCGGGGGUGCGGGAUGGUAGGCUCUAAUGAGAGGGUGAUCUUCGUCCAUGCGUCGCCCCCCACUGGCCAUUCGCCGGCAGUGCUGAAGUUCCACCUAGGCGAGGGAGGGCCACAUGCAGGCGCAUCUCCAGAAGAGGUGGACGUGCUCUCCCAGGGGCUCUACCAGAGUGGUGUGAACUAUCACCUGGCUGUCAAUGGAAAGUCCUUCUCCGCCCUGUGUGAUUUCUUCCCUGAGUAUCUAGCGAAGGUGUUGAUGAGAACCACUGUUUUUGCACGCAUGGCGCCAGACCAGAAGACACAGCUUGUGACUGAACUUCAGAAACUCAACUACCGUGUGGGUAUGUGUGGCGACGGGGCAAACGACUGCGGGGCUUUGAGAGCUGCUGACGUGGGAGUGUCCCUGUCAGAAGCCGAGGCAUCCGUGGCUUCUCCCUUCACUUCAAAAACUGACAACAUCAGCUGCGUGCCUUUGUUAAUAAGGGAAGGGAGGUGUUCGCUUGUGACGUCCUUUAGUCUCUUCAAGUACAUGGCCUUGUACAGUCUUAUCCAGUUUGCUUCAGUUCUUAUCCUCUAUACAGUCAAAACCAACCUGGGUGACCUGCAGUUCCUCUUCUUCGACCUGGUGCUGGUGACGCUGCUGGCCAUCGUGAUGGGUAAAGGGGGCCCCAGCAAUGAGUUGCACCCCCAGCGGCCCCCCGCCAGCUUGCUGGCCCUACCCGUCAUCGUCAGCCUGCUGCUGCACACCCUGCUGCUGGUCACCAGCCAGGUGGGGGCCCUGCUCAUCACCUACUCACAAGACUGGUUUAUUCCACUCAACUCCACGGUGGCUGGAGCAGCAAACCUUCCCAACAUGGAAAACUUUAGUGUCUUUGCUGUAUCUGGAUUUCAGUAUAUCUUCAUGGCCAUCAUUGUGACCAAAGGAUACCCUUAUAAAAAGCCCCUGUACGCCAAUGUGUGGUUCCUGAUACUGCUGCUUGUCUUGUUUGCUGCCAUGUUCGGGUUGGUGUUGUUCCCGGGAGGUGUGAUUCACCAGGUGCUGCAGCUCUACCAAAUCACAGACAUCAACUACAAGCUGCUGCUGGUGGCUUUGGCCGCCCUGAACCUUUUCACUUGCCACAUGUUAGAGGUUCUAAUAGACCAUGGCAUGUUGGACUGCUGCCGCACACUAAGGGGAAGGCGGGAGUCCAAAAAGCAAUACAAACGCCUGGACAACCUUCUGGCCGAGAGCCCCUCAUGGCCUCCCCUAGACCAACCACUGUCUUCGCCCCAGUGCACAGUCAUUGGGUUUAGCUAGCAUCGAUUUCCAUCUCCAGUUUCCCUUUCUGUUUACCACUUUGAGCUGAAAUUGGAUCUGUUAUCAGGGGAAACACAUGACCACUGAAGCAGGUCCCAAAGAGAUGCUUAUUAUAUAAAGCACAGUGGAAUAUUGAGAAGACGAAUGGAUGCAUGCAAACCUCUGGACUGUUUUCACGGUGCCAAGAAAGAGCGGUUUUAAUAAAAGGUCAAAAAUGUAUCAAAUAAGUAAUGUGCAAUAAAUGUUUUUUUAUGUCAAUGUGAUUUGCAAAUAAAGUGAACAUGGGCUUGUA